AUGCCCUAUGCCAUCGAUCGGGGAUACAGAUUCCCAGAACCCGCUCUCCUCCUCGGUCCCAAGCUGCUGGAGCGCCUCCAGGGUUAUAUCGCUACCUGGCUUGCCUGUCGUCCACUAUGGAUUGGCCGAGUCGAUCACGACCCGCCACACAAUUACCCUUCGCCACAGCUCUGGCGUGACUUCCUCAGCAGCGGACUGACAACCCAAUCACAAGGUGCAGCAUCCAAAGGCAAGGAUUCCAAAAAGAAGGGACCUACGGCGGCGGAGAAGCGCAAGGCGGUGAUAAGGGACUUAUUUGGUGAUGAUGUGUUGGAGACUCAGGGAGACCUUCUCACUAACCCUCCACAGCAUCUCACCCAAAGGAUCACAUGGGAGUUAUUUGAGCUUGGUUUCCAUUAUGAGCUGAGGGACCUCAAUCGCUACCUGGCCCGCAAAUAUUGGGCAGAUGAUCUGAUUGGUCACAAGCAGCUCCUUCAUUCUAUCUUCCCUGGCGAGGCUGGAUUAGUCAUGUGGUCAGAACAAUUUCUGGAGGACAACUACGGCAUGUGGAACAACACCUUAAUUGGUGUUCUACCCUACCUGGAGAAAUUCCAUGAACUUAUCUGUACUUGGGACGAUGCUCCGCCGCUUCUGAUUGUGCCACUGAUGCCAGAUAGCUUUACAGAUACCAAGUGUUGGGAAGUCAUGCAUUCUGCGACUGCGUUUUAUGUGCAGACAUUCUUUUGUCAUUUUGGCAGGCCCCCCAUCGUUCCCCAUUCCAUCCCUUUGUGA